CUCACAAGGACCCUGAGCUGGUGAACCUCCCAUUGCUGCUCUGACCCUGCCAUGGGCUCUGGGCUCCUCUGCUGGGUGACCCUCUGUGUCCUGGGGGUGGGUCACACAAGAGCUGGAGUAGUGUCCCAGUCACCUGGGUACAGGGUCGCAGGGAGGGGCCAGACUGUGAAUUUCAGGUGUGAUCCAAUUCCUGGUCACCAAGUCCUUUACUGGUACCGACAGAUGCUGGGGCAGGGUCUGGAGUACCUGACUUGUUUUCAGGGCAAGGAGGAACCAGACAAAUCAGGAAUGCCUAAAAACCAGUUUUCUGCUGAGAGGCCUGAGAGCACGUACUCCUAUCUGAAGAUCCAGCCAGUGGAGCCUGAGGACUCGGCCCUGUAUCUCUGUGCCAGCAGCCCAACCACAGCAUGGCACAGUUACCUCCUUCCUGUUCACAAACCCCUACGUGCUCACUUCUCGUCAUGGUUCCCAGAAAUGCCAGAAAAAGGAGCUACCUGUUAUUCCCUCUGCAGGGGGAGUAAGUGGAUUUGGGGCUUCAGCUGUUCUGAUAGUUGGAGGACCUGUGGAGGCCAGGAUAGACAAGAUACAAGAUACGAGAUCACAGUGACAGGAGAGACAAUGACUCUGGAAUGUCACCAGACUGAUAACCAUGACUAUAUGUACUGGUACCAACAAGACCCGGGACACGGGCUGAGGCUGACCCAUUAUACCUAUGAUGUUGGCAACACUGAGGAAGUUGAAAUCUCCAACGGGUACAGCAUCUCGAGAUCAAAUACAGAGGAUUUCUACCUGACCCCGCAGUCUGUUAUCCCCUCCCACACAUCCAUGUACUCCUGUGCCAGCAGUAAGUCCACAGCGCUGCAUGGCCACUUCCUCUCCGCACAGAAGGGUGCUUAG